GGGGGCGUGGCGCGCGGAGCCCAGCGCGUCCCAACCCCGCGCCCGCCCGGCGGUCCCGUCCCGUCCCGUCCGGCCCCGUCCCGCCGCCCGCCCGCCAGCCAUGAGCUCCACGCAGUUCAACAAGGGCCCCUCGUACGGGCUGUCGGCCGAGGUCAAGAACCGGCUCCUGUCCAAAUAUGACCCCCAGAAGGAGGCAGAGCUCCGCAGCUGGAUCGAGGGACUCACCGGCCUCUCCAUCGGCCCCGACUUCCAGAAGGGCCUGAAGGACGGAACUAUCUUAUGCACACUCAUGAACAAGCUACAGCCGGGCUCCGUCCCCAAGAUCAACCGCUCCAUGCAGAACUGGCACCAGCUUGAAAACCUGUCCAACUUCAUCAAGGCCAUGGCCAGCUACGGCAUGAACGCUGUGGACCUGUUUGAGGCCAACGACCUGUUUGAGAGUGGGAACAUGACGCAGGUGCAGGUGUCUCUUCUCGCCCUGGCGGGGAAGGCCAAGACUAAGGGGCUGCAGAGCGGGGUGGACAUCGGCGUCAAGUACUCGGAGAAGCAGGAGCGGAAUUUCGACGACGCCACCAUGAAGGCCGGCCAGUGCGUCAUCGGGCUGCAGAUGGGCACCAACAAAUGCGCCAGCCAGUCGGGCAUGACCGCGUACGGCACGAGAAGGCAUCUCUAUGACCCCAAGAACCAUAUCCUGCCGCCCAUGGACCACUCGACCAUCAGCCUCCAGAUGGGCACAAACAAGUGUGCCAGCCAGGUGGGCAUGACGGCUCCCGGUACGCGGCGGCACAUCUAUGACACCAAGCUGGGAACCGACAAGUGUGACAACUCCUCCAUGUCCCUGCAGAUGGGCUACACGCAGGGCGCCAACCAGAGCGGCCAGGUCUUCGGCCUGGGCCGGCAGAUAUAUGACCCCAAGUACUGCCCGCAAGGCACAGUGGCCGACGGGGCUCCCUCGGGCACCGGCGACUGCCCAGACCCCGGGGAGGUCCCUGAAUAUCCCCCUUACUACCAGGAGGGGGCCGGCUACUGAGGCUCCCCGCAUGCUCUCUCCCCACAUCGUCUCCCCAUCUGGGUUUUUGGGUUUUUCUGUGUUUUCAUCUUUUUUUUUUUUUCUUAACCGGUUCAGUGCUGCCAGUCAACCAAGGGUCUGUGAGUGUCAGCGUGGGAUCAGGCAACAGAGCUUUUUUCCCUUUUGCCUUGAUCCUUCGCAAGACUGAGCCACUGGGCUGUGGGGGAAGGGGUCAAGGCCAUAUCCCAAUAUGUGUAGGUCGGGUCCCUGCUGGCACGUUCAGGCUGUGCUGGGGAGAAGAGACCUGGGCUUGGAAGGAACCGGUGGUCCCCGAAGGUUUCUGCUUGCCGCGCCUCUUCCCCCUUUUGUCAGCUAAGCAGUUUGUGGUUUCAGUGCCCCCAAGUUUCAGGAAGUAUUCACAAAAGAAAAAUACAUUUUUUUUUUCCCAAGGAGUGGGGCAGGGACAGUGGAGAGGGUGCUGGGAAAUGAGUCCCCUGGGAAAGGGGGCCCGGCCAUGAUGCUAAAUAUCUUCAGUCCCAAGAGACUGCACUUCCCUAGGACUUUCAGACCAACAGGCCUCAGACCCUCAGACCUGCCCCGGGGCCAGGUGGGGAAAGUGAGGGCCGUAACAAGGAAGUGAAAUUCUGAGUUGUUGGGGCCAAGCCUGACCCACUCUCCAUGCUACCCCCCAACCCACUCUGGCCUCGGUUUUUUUUCAGUUGUGGUUGUUGCGCAGGCUGGAGUGCAGUGGCGCCAUCUUGGCUCACUGCACCUCCACCUCCCGGGCUCAAGCGAUUCUCCAGCCUCAGCCUCCUGAGUAGCUGGGACUGCAGGUGCUCCACCACGCCUGGCUAAUUUUUGUAUUUUUAGUAGAGACGGGGUUUCCCCAUGUUGGCCAGGCUGGUCUUGAACUCCUGGCCUCAGGUGUGAUCCGCCCGCCUCCGCCUCCCCAAGCGCUGAGAUUAUAGGUGUGAGCCACCGUGCCCAGCCUCUCAGUAGGUUUUAAGGAGCCCCCAGACCUCCUCCCUUCUGGGCCCGACCAGCUUAUACUGCUCCAUCUUCCCCGGCCACACGCGCCGCCAAGUACUGCAUAGGGACCCCCACCCAGGGGCCCGGCUCCAUGAGAUAAUGUGAAAUAUGACUGUGGACCAAACGCAAUAAAACCUGUUUGUAAGAAGA